CAGCCUGCAGACAGUGAGCGCAUCGCGCAGAGCCGCGGACAUGGGGACGCACUGAGUGCAGAGGACUGGCCACGGACCGAGGUGCAUUCCUGUGAAAGGGACUACUGAUGCCCGGAAUCAGACACUUACAUUUGACAGAUUAUUCGUUGUUCUCCCGUUGAAGAACUACAGAAAAAGAGUUUGCCUGUUGCCAGCGCGUGUUUUUGCAACGCGGGACAGAGACAGUGUUUUAUCACUUUGCACAUUCAUUGAUUGUGCCAUGCCACAAAACAGGACAGGAUUAUAAUUCCCGUUUGGAUUUAAAAGUCAUCGAUUUAACCGCUUAUCAACACCAAAAUCGGCUUUAUCCUCUGGAAAUUGCUUACGGAGAUGGCGCAAAGGUACGACGAGUUGUCUCAUUACGGAGGAGCGCUGGAUGGAGUUGGAGUCCCGACAUCGAUGUAUGGAGACCCGCACGCCCCGCGGCCCCUACCUCAGGUCCACCACCUGAACCACGGGCCGCACCCAACGCAGCACUAUGGUGCACACGCGCCGCACAUCAUGCCCAGCAGCAUGGGCAGCGCUGUCAACGAUGCACUAAAGAGAGACAAGGACCAAAUCUACGGCCACCCUUUAUUCCCUCUUUUGGCUCUGGUGUUUGAGAAGUGCGAGCUGGCAACCUGCACGCCGAGAGAGCCGGGGGCCGCGGGGGGAGACGUCUGCUCGUCCGACUCCUUCAAUGAAGACAUAGCCGUAUUUGCAAAACAGAUCCGCGCAGAGAAACCUCUGUUUUCUUCCAAUCCGGAGCUUGAUAACUUGAUGGUUCAAGCGAUUCAAGUCCUUCGAUUUCAUCUGCUGGAACUGGAGAAGGUUCAUGAGCUCUGUGAUAACUUCUGCCACCGGUACAUCAGCUGCCUUAAGGGCAAAAUGCCCAUCGACCUGGUCAUCGAGGAGCGGGACGUCUGCAAGUCGGACUUCGACGACCUCUCCGGAUCCUCGACCAACCUCGCAGAUCAUAACCCAGCGUCCUGGAGAGACAUGGAUGACACCCACUCCACACCUUCUGUCGGUACCCCGGGACCGUCCAGUGGGGGACACGUCUCUCAUAGUGGUGACAACACCAGUGAACUCGGCGAUACCCUCGACAACAGCUUGGCAUCACCAGGCACAGGAGACGAGGAUGACCAGGACAAGAAGAGGCAGAAGAAACGAGGCAUCUUCCCCAAAGUAGCCACAAAUAUAAUGAGAGCCUGGCUCUUCCAGCACCUAACACACCCAUACCCCUCAGAGGAGCAGAAAAAGCAGCUAGCACAAGACACAGGCCUCACCAUCCUUCAAGUGAACAACUGGUUCAUCAAUGCAAGGAGGAGAAUAGUCCAACCUAUGAUUGACCAGUCCAACAGAGCAGUGAGUCAGGGUUCAACUUACAGUCCUGAUGGCCAGCCAAUGGGAGGCUUUGUUAUUGACGGGCAGCAGCACAUGGGACUCCGACCCGGAGGGCCGAUGGGUGGUAUGGGUAUGAACAUGGGCAUGGACGGGCAGUGGCAUUACAUGUAAAUCCACUCCACUGAGGCAAGCCAGAAACAUAUGGGGAAGCUUCGGACUCAGGGAUCUUCUUCAUCUUGCCGUGGAGCCGCCUCUGCAGCCACCACCUCCAACCCGCCUGACGGUUCACCCUCUUCUGCACCCGCAACUCACCUCGCCUAAACGCGCACUGCGCGGCACAUCGCCACGGAGACAAGCUUUGGACUGGAAACGGAACAGACUCUGAGCCCCCUCGCGCAGUGGCACGACACUUCGCGAUGAAGACUCGUCAUUUAUUUUUAAAUUAUUUAUUUAUUUUUCUAAAACGACGGACCAAAGGGGAAGACGAAUUUCUCUCUUCUUUUUCUAUUUCCGAAGGACCGCUCACACGUCCGAUGCCCACCUCCUCCGAAGACAUAGUGCACCAUAAACACACACACACACACACACACACACAAUAAACAAAACAAGAGACACUGCACAUCUUUGUAAAAAAAAAUAAAAAAUUAAAAUGUUAUAAUUGUUGUGCUAUAUGGAUGGGUGCUUUUGAUUUGUCUGUUUCUAUCUUUGUGCGUGUUAUCACUAGAUGUUAGAGCUUUUACAAUUGAUCCAAACUCAAGCCACGAUGUUAAAAAGGAAUAAAAAAUAUAUGAAUAUGUGUUUAUGUACUUCAUCCACUGCAAUUCAUUUUUAUUUCAGCCUACUUUUUCUUAUAAAUUGGAUUUGUCAAGACACGACUUAAUUGCGAAUGCGAUCAUUUUUUUGACAAUGUUUUGAAUAGUUUUAGCAGCAAUACACAGAGAGGAGAUCUGCAAUAAAACCAAAAUAAAGAGUAAAUUGAGCAAGA